GCAACACAAUGGAACACACAGAGCCACUGUUCCGCCCGGCUUUGAUGUCAUCACGCAGGACAGCUGUACGUAACGUGGAGCUGGGGGUUGUAAGCCGGUGAAGGAGCUCCCGUGCAAUGGUUAUGAAAGCAUCCAUGGAAGAUGAUGAUUCUGCUUGGGAACUUUCCAUGAAGUACAAAAUGCAAUACAAAAUGAUGAAGAGCAAUACCAACUGGAUAGACAUAACUCAGGAAUUCCGGGAUGCCUGUCAUGAACUGAAACUGGGAGAGUUGCUCCAUGACAAACUCUUUGGACUCUUUGAAGCAAUGUCAGCUAUUGAAAUGAUGGAUCCUAAAAUGGAUGCUGGAAUGAUUGGUAAUCAGGUUAAUCGAAAAGUCCUUAAUUUUGAACAGGCCAUAAAGGAUGGCACCAUUAAAAUUAAGGAUUUAACAUUGCCUGAUCUAAUUGGAAUAAUGGAUACCUGUUUUUGUUGUCUGAUAACCUGGUUGGAAGGGCACUCCUUAGCACAAACUGUUUUCACUUGUCUUUAUGUCCAUAAUCCUGAUUCUAUAGAGGACCCCGCUAUGAAGGCAUUUGCUUUAGGCAUUCUCAAAAUUUGUGACAUUGCUAGAGAGAAAGUCAACAAAGCUGCUGUUUUUGAAGAGGAGGAUUUUCAGUCUAUGACAUAUGGAUUUAAAAUGGCUAAUGGUGUCACAGAUCUACGGGUAACAGGAAUGUUGAAAGAUGUAGAAGAUGAUCUGCAGAGGAGAGUUAAGAGCACCAGAAGCCGACAGGGAGAAGCUAGAGAUCCUGAAGUAGAGCUAGAGCAUCAGCAGUGCUUGGCAGUAUUCAGCAGAGUGAAGUUUACCCGUGUUUUGCUCACUGUUUUAAUAGCAUUUACUAAGAAGGAGACAAGUGCAGUCAUAGAAGCAUCCAAGAUGAUAGGCCAAGCAUCUGACCUUCUCUCUGCCAUUCAAAACUCCCUUUCACAUGGUAUUCAGGCCCUGAAUGAUACGACAAAGGGAGAGCAUCCAAUUAUGAUGGGGUUUGAACCUCUUGUUAACCAGCGGCUUCUCCCUCCAACAUUUCCUCGUUAUGCAAAAAUUAUUAAGAAAGAAGAAAUGAUUAACUAUUUUUACAAACUUAUAGACCGUAUAAAAAUGGUCUGUGAAGUUGUCAAUUUAACAAACCUUCACAGUAUUCUGGACUUUUUCUGUGAAUUCAGUGAGCAGUCUCCUUGUGUUCUCUCAAGAUCCCUCUUACAGACUACUUUUCUUGUGGACAAUAAAAAGGUAUUUGGAACCCAUCCAAUGCAGGACAUGGUGAAAGAUGCUUUGCGCUCUUUUGUUAGUCCUCCAGUUCUAUCCCCAAAAUGCUUUCUGUAUAAUACCUCCCAAGCAAAAGACUACAUUGAAUCGUUUGUUACACACUGUGCACGACCUUUCUGCAACUUAAUUCAGAUCCAUGGUCACAACCGAGCACGACAGAGAGAUAAACUGGGGCAUAUUCUAGAGGAUUUUGCUACCUUACAGGAUGAGGCUGAAAAAGUAGAUGCUGCUCUUCACAGUAUGCUGCUCAAACAGGAGCCACAGCGGCAACAUCUGGCUUGUCUGGGGACGUGGGUUCUAUAUCAUAACCUGAGGAUAAUGAUCCAGUAUCUGCUGAGUGGCUUCGAGCUGGAACUCUAUAGCAUGCAUGAGUAUUACUACAUCUAUUGGUACCUGUCAGAAUUCCUCUAUGCGUGGUUGAUGUCCACGCUUAGUCGAGCAGAUAGCUCCCAGAUGGCAGAAGAGCGUAUAACGGAAGAGCAGCAGAAAGGCAGAAGCAGCAAAAAAACAAAGAAGAAAAAGAAAGUGCGCCCUCUGAGUAGAGAGAUCACUCUAAGCCAAGCUUAUCAAAACAUGUGUGCUGGGAUGUACAAGACAAUGAUUGCAUUCGAUAUGGAUGGCAAAGUUAGGAAACCAAAAUUUGAGCUGGACAGUGAACAAGUUCGAUACGAGCACAGGUUUGCGCCAUUUAACAGUGUAAUCACACCACCUCCCGUGCACUAUCUGCAGUUUAAGGAAAUGUCUGAUUUAAAUAAAUAUAAUCCUCCUCCUCAGUCUUCAGACUUAUUCAUGGCAGCUAGCAAACAUUUUCAGCAAGCAAGGAUGAUUUUAGAAAAUAUUCCCAAUCAGGAUCAAGAGGUCACUGAGAUUCUAAAGGUUGCCAAAAACAAUAUUGUCGUCAUGAAGUUGCUUGCUGGGGGUCAUAAAAAGGAUUCAAAGAUUCCACCUGAAUUUGACUUCUCUGCACACAAAUAUUUUCCUGCUGUCAAACUGGUUUGAAUGGUUCCUACAAAGAAGAGACUGUCACAUAAAUAUACAGUGUGUUCUAGACUAUUCAUUGGAAACCAAAUGCAAGACUGACGUGAAAAUAGUUUUAUUCAUAAUUUUGUUAUUGGUAAAAAAAAAAAAAAGAAAAAAUGUUUUUUGGUUUUUUUUUUCCUUUGUUUUUUUUUAAGGAAAGAAAAAAGAUUUUAGUUGCUCCCAUUUUCAUAAUUGUGUCUAAACACUUGUUUUUGAAUAAGUAUUAAAUAUUUAAGAAA